AUGGACAAUGAUGAGGAUAUCAAACAGAUCAAAAAAAUUAUUUUAUGUACAAAGACUAUAUCGAAAAUUGCCGAGAAAAAACAAAAGAGAAAAAGGAACACAACAAAUAAAGCUCAGGAUAUAGAAGAUACAAAAAAAGCGGGUAGACUAAGUAAGGAAAUAGUUAAAUCUGUAGAAAAUAUAGAAAAUAGGAAUCACUGUUUUAAAAAAAAUAAAAAAAAACUCACAGGACAAGAAUUGACAGAAGAAAGUAGCGAAGAUAGCGAUAGCAGCGAUUACGAUUGCGAGUGUGAUAAAUGUACUAAAGAGCUUGAUGAUGAAGAAAGUGGCGGCAAUGUUGGAAAUAGUAAUAGUAAUAGUAAUAGAGACCAGGAGCUGGCAAAUAUGGAAAAAAAACAAUAG